UUAAAGAAUGGCGGCUUUUGGUUGUCUCCGCAUAUCAUAACGUUUAAAGAGCUGCGGAUCUGAUUUGUUUCUCAGGUUUUCAGCAGAUAUUUAAACCCUCAUUAUGCGGAUCCAGUUGCUGUUUGUGCUUGUAGCCUCUUGUCGCGUGUCGGAGUCAAAGAGAAGAAAUGUCCUUCUAAUUAUUGCUGAUGAUGCAGGUUUUGAAACAGACGUCUAUAAUAACUCUGUGGUCCACACGCCCCACCUGCGCUCUCUGGCCCAACGCAGCGUUGUGUUCAGGAACGCCUUCACAUCCGUCAGCAGCUGCUCCCCGAGCCGCUCCGCCAUCCUCACGGGUCUGCCGCAGCAUCAGAACGGCAUGUAUGGCCUCCAUCAGGGAGUUCAUCACUUCAACUCAUUCGACGGAGUACAGAGUCUACCGCUGCUCCUCAGCCAGGCCGACGUACACACAGGUAUAAUCGGGAAGAAGCACGUCGGUCCUGGAUCUGUUUACCCCUUUGACUUCGCCUACACGGAGGAAAACAGCUCCGUCCUCCAAGUGGGCAGGAACAUCACCCGGAUCAAACUCCUGGUCCGCAAGUUCUUCCAGACUCACAAGGAGGAAGCAGCCGAGCGAAGGCGAGUAAGAGGCGUGAACGCAGAGGAGGAGGAGGAGAGGCCGUUUUUUCUUUACGUGGCCUUCCAUGACACCCACCGAUGUGGCCAUUCGCAGCCCCAGUAUGGGGCUUUCUGUGAGAAGUUUGGGAACGGAGAACCGGGAAUGGGUUUAAUUCCCGACUGGAAGCCAGUGUACUACACACCAGAGCAAGUUAAGGUUCCUCCCUUCGUACCCGACACACCGGCUGCUCGGGCCGACCUGGCCGCACAGUACACCACAGUCAGCCGGCUGGAUCAGGGUAUCGGGUUGGUUCUUCAGGAGCUGCGGGAUGCCGGUUACGACAACGACACUCUGAUCAUCUACAGCUCUGACAACGGGAUCCCUUUCCCCAAUGGCAGAACCAACCUGUAUCGGUCUGGAACCGCUGAACCCAUGUUGGUUUCCUCCCCAGAGCACAGGGAGCGGUGGGGCAACACCAGCCAGGCCUUCGUCAGUCUGCUGGACAUCACUCCCACCGUCCUGGACUGGUUUUCUAUCCCCUAUCCAUCCUACAUCCUCCCCGAGAGUCCGUCCUUGCAGGUCCUCCUCACCGGCCGCUCCUUGCUGCCCGCUUUGACCUCCGACCCCAGCAGCUGGAACACGGUGUACUCCAGCCAGUCGCUGCACGAGGUGACCAUGUACUACCCGAUCCGCUCCGUCCACCAGGGGGCGUACCACCUUCUUCACAACAUGCACUACCGCAUGCCCUUCCCCAUCGACCAGGACCUGUACGUGUCCCCGACCUUCCAGGACCUGCUGAACCGGACCAGGCUGCAGCGGCCGACUCACUGGUUCAAGAGUCUGGACCAGUAUUACUACAGGGAGCGCUGGGAGCUGUUCGACACCAGGACCGACCCUCAGGAAGCCAAGAACCUGGCGUCGGACCCGUCCUACAGCGGCGUGCUGGACAACCUGAGGCAGCUCCUGCAGAAAUGGCAGUGGGCGACGGGAGACCCCUGGGUCUGCGGGCCGGACUACGUCCUGGAGGAGAAGCUGGAGCCUCACUGCAGACCCCUCUACAACGGCCUCUGACUUGCUCUGAUGGUAUUUUCUUCCAUCUUCGCUGACGUGAUAUUUUCAAAUAACUUCGUUCAUUUGGUUUUCUGUUUUUUUGUAAUAGAAUAAGCUGUAAAUAAGAAAUAAAACUCGAGUUAAUUCUUUACAUCGUUUCAGUUUUUCUGUCUCCUUCAACAUUUGUUUUUGUCUCCCACUAAGACCAACCUUCCAUCAUCAGAAGUCUCAUGACGCGUUCUCAUAGAAACCCAACAUAAUUACAGUUUAACUGUUUGUUUGUUUAAUUAUUCAGUCUGGCUGACUAAGACUGAUCUGCUAAUUACACCAUUCAGAGGAGUUCAUGGCGCUUGUCGGAGGACUCAGCCUGUGUCCUAAAAAUGUUUUUUAUUGAUUAUAACGUUUCCCCUGAGAGCUCCACAUCAAACCCAUAUAGAGCCUUUCAAACAUAUACUCACAUGCUUUGCUCACGCUUUGUCACAUAAUCACAGAGGAUUUUAUGUGAUGGACACAGUAUAAAAUUGUCAAGUGGAAGGGAAAAGAUGCACAGUUUGCAUUUGUUUCUUUCUUUACAAAUAAUAAACCAAAAAAACUAAAAUAAAAAAAGAGAGAAAUUUGGAACUAUAAAAGUACAGCGAUGUGGCUCCACUUAAGGGGUUGAAUAUAAAUACACGCCACACUUUUCACAUUUUUGUGUAUGUAAAGAAAAUUUAAAAAUAUGUGCAGACUGCACAUUUCCUUCCUGGCCUGACAAAUAAAACCCCGAUAAAAAACAACAAAAAAUUACAGUUUGUGUUUGUUGCGGGACAAAAUCCAUAAAACUUCAUAAAACUGACGUAGACGGACUCAGGCGCUGCGUCGUGAUCAGCUAUAGAUUCAUCUGCAGGUAUUUUCAGUAAUAAUUUGUCCACUUUCGCACAUGAAACCCACACCUUCCUCUUAAGCUGUGACCUCUUGCCUCACAUUUCUUUCAAGGACGACAGAUUCAUUUUGACCCCUUAAAACGUCAGAAGGAGUGACGUCCUCAUACCUCACACACAGACACGCAUCGUGAUGGCGUGGCUCCAGCAGCCCAUCAGAAACGGAUCAAUUAGCGUCGUUCCCCUCUACACCCCCCAUUUUCUACAGACGGAUCAUCAUCAUCCGCCCACCUUGGCUCUGAUUUGACGAAUGUCCUGUGUCACGAUAAACCUCACCCAGCCUCCCUAUAUAAGAAACAGAAACUUUUCCAAGAUUCCAGCAAAAACAAAGUGUCCGCAGACGAAGGAGCAGACCUGUAGAAGCGCUAUUUUCUUGUGCGUAAAAUUUAAAAAAAAAAAAAAAAAU